AUGGAUUUGCGCUUGACUGAAUCAAUAUACACUGCCAUCAAGAAGGCUGUGGCAGAGCCAGAAUUCUCCGAGAAAUACAAGGAAGAGGCCGAAAAGAUUUCCAAUUUAGAGUCUGUGUCAAAAGAACCCUAUCCUGUGUCUACUGAUUUGGUAGAAUAUGUGGCAAAACGAUUAGACAUUUACUUUCACGAGCUGAUAGCUGGAAGUGGUUUGUACUUCGCUCCUAAAGAAGUUGUUCCUCAAGAUCCGAAAUUUCUGGCGUAUAUGGAUAAAUUACGUGCUGAACAACAAGAAAGGGAUUACAACAGGAUGGUGUCUGGUGUGAUAACAUCUGAAGAUCAAAAGUUCAACUUGGGUAUCAAACCAGAUGAAUUGAAGCAAGUAAAGAGCCACAUCGCAACCAUCUUUAACAUUUUAUUCUCGAUGAUUGCUGUCUAUGUAGCUGUGUAUAAGGUGUCACAAUCUAUGUUUAAUGACCUUGGUCUGCAAGUAUUGACUGGAUUAGCUGGCGCGUUUUUUAUCGGUACAGUUGAAGUGAUAUUGUAUACAAAAUACGCCUAUGUAGCCACAUCUGAAAAGAAAAAGACGAAAAAUCAGAAAAUUGCAACAUUGUAA